GAAUCACUUCUAACCUAACUGUGAUAGCCGCAUCAGCGAGUUUAAUGCCGUCGCGUUGGUAGAGACUAGUCUGCCUUUGGCCGCGACGUCGAGCGGCGCAACGCUGCGCUCUUGUUUAUACCGCGAAAACAAAUCCUACGCAAUUAUCUCGCGAUAAGACGAUACAACGCGCUAUCAGUCUGUGAUAAGAGUGUGAUAACAGAUAAAAAACGAAGUGGUCGUCGCCAGUUUUUGCCGUGUAACUAUUAUGUAAAACUCUGGAAAGCGUAGUGUCUAAACUUGUGGUUCAAUUAUGACGACGAUGGCGGGGCCUCGAAAGACGAUCUCCAUUCACGACUACCCCGAGCACCUGAAUCCGUUCCGGGAAGAGGACAAUCACAAUAAGAUCAGGUUCUGGACAAUUGGUCGGAAGUUGAGCAGAUCGAAUAGCAUUACGUUUUCUGGAAUCAAGGACCUUAGAAACUCGUGGUCUUUGCGAUCGUUUAUGAGAAAAGGCAAGAAAGGUGAGCAGCCAUCGUCAAGGGGCAAUAAGCAUACUAACGUUAACGGAGAGAACAGUCCUAUCGUAUACAGAAGAGCUUUGCAAUACUCAUCAGGUGGAUCUGGAGUCCGCAGCACGGUCGGCUCGCCGGAGCGUGCAGACCGCUACGAGUAUGUGUACGGGGGAUCCGUCACGCCUCUACCACGUUCGCGCUUCCAAGAGCGCCUGCGCAGCUCGCAAGACGGCAAUUCGCCUUGUGUAACACCACGUAUGGCACGAAGUGACAUUACUGGAUCGCGGCUAAGUAUUGAAAGUGCAAACCCUUUCGAAGAAGCACCCAUACCGCCUGUACGAGCUUCACGACGGAAGAAAAAACGAGCUCCGGAACCUCCUUCAGCAUCAAAUGCUGAUGACUCGGUUACUGAAAAUUUGGAACUACGCAUAACAGAAAGUAAUGAUACGAAGAAACCAGAUACAAGUGUAGAUGAUGUUGCUGACGAGUUGAACCUUAAGGUUGAACUGAAAAUAGUCGAGGAUGAAGAAAAAUGUAUUGUAGAACACAAAGUGGAUCACGAAGCGGCUGAACUACCUAUUGCAGUGGUUGAGGAUGAUACGAAAACAACCAAUGCUGAUAAUACCAAAGAAAUAAAAGUUGUAAAGACCCAAGACUUAGAGGAACCAAAGGAAACAAACCUUAAUUCCGAUACUGAAGAUUCGACACAAAUCUCAUUUUCUAAAAUAGACAUUUCGAAGUACAGAAGAAACUCUAGCGUGAAUGAAGACGAUAUUAGACUGCGACGAGGUAAUUUAGAAGAUUUCCACUCAUUAGCACCAAACAAAAGGAGUAAAAGUUUAUCACAUACUUUAGAUGGCAGUUACGUGGCGUAUCAUAUAAAUCUGAACGAAAUUAAAAAUGUUGACAUUAACAGCAAUGAGGAGCCUCAGAGAGUAGUGUGUAAAGUUUAUGAGGAAGAUUCAAGAAAAAAGAGUAUCGAUAAUUCUAUUUCAAGCACGGAGAAAGAAUUUUUAGAAAUUGAUAAAGCCACGAGAGAGCUAGAAAGGGAGAUAAGCAAGCUUAACUCUGCUCUAAUAGAAGAUGAUUUAACAUUCGACAAUACUCGCCUUUCGGUGUCGGAAAUACGUCAAAAGUUCGACAAACCUGACACUAGUUCGCCGAAUCCCAUACCAAAGCCUAGAAGAAGCCACUAUGCUGAAUCCAAUUCACCUGUUAACGGAAAUAUUCCAGCAUAACCCAUAUGUAAAGUUCACAUAAUAUUUUUUUAUAAAAUCAAAUAAUACAUUUUUUAGUAAGCAUAGAAAUGGAACAUUCAUAAAAUUUCACAUAUGCUAUUAAUUUUGAAAAGUAGGUAUUCGGAUCUCAGAAUUUCAUUUAGUAAAAUAAGCUUAUCUAUGAAAAUUGAGGGAUGGAAAAAAAGUGGUAGUCAUUACAUUUUAGAGUUUUGAAAUACGUAAAAUUAAAUGUUACCUAACUACACGAACCUUUUUGCCAUAAUACUUAGUUGUAUUUUUAUUUAAGGCAAUAUGAAUGAUGUGAUAAAUAAAUAUUUACUGGCAUCACUAUAAGUAAUAUGCUUCUACUCUUCAUAAUAACGUUGGGAUCAAAAUCAUGAUUAUAUAUAAUGUAAUGAUGUAGGUAAUUAUAAAAUAAUUAAGUUAUUGUAGUAGCUUGUUGUCAGUCAAUUCAUUUAUAUGUUUCACAGUAAUAUUAAUAUAUUAUUAUUACAUAGUCUUAAUCACUAUUUUUUAUAUAUAGAAUCGACAAUAUAAUAUUUUAUGUUUGAUAGCGAUGAUCGCAAUGAGUCAGGAUAACUUAAUUAACCCCUUGAGUAAUUGAGAUUGAUAUAGAUAAAGAAUAUAUUUUUUAAUAAAUAUAUGUGUGAGGCUGAGCUUACAUUCCGUCGAUCAUACUAUUGGUUACCACAAACUCAUUGACCAACCAACCAACCAACUCAUUGUCUUUAUUGUCUCAUCACAUUAUUUAUCUUACGAAUUCGGUAAGCUUUUAAUUAACGACCAAUCACAAAUUAAAACACUCUAAAGGCGGGUCCACACCGGUUCGUUUUCGUCUUAGAAGCAUAGCAUAGAAACUGCUGGCGAGAAGUUCGCGUCCUAGUUAUGAUGUCUUCUGGUGAACGCGAACAGUGGAAUAUUAAAUGAAGCGUUUAUGCAUCGUGUCCAUUUGAGGCGCGAAGCGCAUGCGGUUCGUGCGUGUACGCAGAUAUGGACCCGCCUUUAUUCUCAGGUUUCAUUAACCCGAGAAUGUAAUUACCAAUGUCCAUUGUAUUACUAUUUUUUCAAUACAUUUAGAAUAAAAUUGAUUGCGAAAUACCUACCGACUAUGCAUUGUUAGCUGAAGAAAAUAAAAAUUGAGAAAUGUAACAUAUGUGUAGGCAGACUGUUAAACAGAAUUUCGGGCGCAAAACGCUACCCUAAAAUCUAUUUAUUAGUGUCGUAAAUAAAACUUUACAAGAACAUAGAUGUAUAAAAUAUAACAAUUGCAACUGAAGUCAGCAUACAUUUUAGCCUUAGCGAAAGUGUCCUUACCUAAUUACUGUAGAUAAUAAUGAAUAAAUUGUGUGCAAUGUACAAGUUUCCUAUUUAUAAAUUAGAAUAAUAGAUUGGGAUAUUUAUAAUAUUGUUUACUUUGUUGAUAAUAAUUAAAUUAUUAUUUCAUUA